CACCCGCUGUUCCCACCCCUUCCGUCGUACGGGCCGCCGUCGCCGCUUUUCAGUCUGCAGUGUUUGGUGAUUCGGUCGGUUUCGUUUGUGUUGUCGCUGGCGUUUUUGGGUGCGGUUGUUUUGGGAGCUAUUAUUGGGAGUGUGAGGACUUGGUUGGUAAAUGCUUUGGGUGGUCGUGCGAAUACGGAGAGGAAAUUCGAUGCGGAGGAGCGAGCACGUGCAGCGGAGAGAAGAAAAGAAGCAGGGAAAUGGAAGCGUCGACAAGGGAAGAAGCAUGUUGAUGAUGAAGAAGCCCCCGAUGAGUGUCCCCCGUUGGAAGGCGGGAAGGACCCGAUUGUGUGCGACGUUGGCUACUACGCAAGGCGAGUCGGGCUGGACGUGGAGACGGUGAAGGUGCAGACGGAAGAUGGGUUUGUGAUUACUUUGUGGCACGUUUAUAACCCGCAGGAGUACACGCCUUUGACUGUUGAAGAGAGACGCCAUCGCGGACCGCAUGUGUUUUCCGGUCAAGGGAGAGGGAAGUCGUUUCCAUCUUCCAAUCGUCGAUACCCGGUUCUUCUUGUUCAUGGGCUGUUGCAGAGCGCUGGCGCUUACUGCACCAACGACGAUGACAGUUUUGCUUUCUAUCUUUGCAAGUCUGGGUAUGAUGUGUGGCUGGGGAACAACCGCUGCGGGCUGCACCCAGAGCACACCACGCUGUCGACGUCUGACCCGCGCAUGUGGUCGUGGGAUAUCCGACACCUGGGCGUGCUGGAUCUGACGGCUCUCGUGUCCCGCGUGCUGUAUGAAACCGGCUUCGAGAAGCUGGGUCUGGUGUGUCAUUCGCAAGGUACCACAGAAACCUUGGUGGCACUCUCUAAAGACCAGCGACCGGAGCUUGGAGAACGAAUCUCGGUCUUUUGUGCACUUGCCCCUGCCGCGUACGCCGGCCCACUAGUGGAGAGGAGUUACUUCCGCUUUAUGAGCAAGAUUCCAUCCUCUGCGUUCCGCGCAGUGUUUGGUAUCCACGCCUUCAUCCCUUUCAUGAUGACCAUGCACAAGGCCCUGCAUCCCCGCAUCUACGGCACAUUGGGGUACUACGUGUUUUCAUAUCUGUUUCGCUGGAGCGACACCCGCUGGGAUCGGGGCCUCCGCGACCGAAUGUUCCAGUUUGCCCCGGUGUAUGUGAGCAGCGAGAUGAUGCGGUGGUGGCUGGGGCGCGGGUGCUUUGCUACCCAGAAAUGCAUCCUCGCCACCCAAGAGACGACUCUUCGCGAGGCAGAGGAAGAUCGCCGUCUGGAAAACGAGGUGGGCAGUGUCAGCGCACGAGACGAAGAGUCUGCCUGGUAUGGGCCGCAAGUUCCGCCAUUUGCCCUGUGGAUCGCCGGGUCAGAUGAGCUGGUCGAUGGACGGCAGCUGCUCCGGCGAUUGGAGAAUGGGCGCGAGCCUCAUGUGCAGGUGGUACAUGCAAAGGUUAUUGAGGAGUACGAGCACCUGGACGUCCUUUGGGCGAUGGACGCGAUAGACCAAGUGGGGAAGGAAGUGAGGCAGGUACUGUGGCGGACAAUGCCGGACGACGCAAAAGCCGUAUGCCGAGUGCCUCUGGGA